CUGCAAUGGGAACUUAUGCAGAUUGAAGGGUACUGGGAAUAUAACAAGUUCUAUGAAGAAGGAGUUUACAACUGUGCUGGGUGUGCAACUCCUCUUUACAAGUCUUCCACUAAAUUUGACUCUGGUUAUGGUUGGCCUGCUUUCUUUGAGGGUUUACUUGGUGCCAUCACUCGCUCACCAGACCCAUAUGGGAGGAGGACUGAGAUAACUUGUGCAGCAUGUGGUGGCCAUUUGGGUCAUGUUUUCAAAGGAGAGGGGUUCAAGACACCCACUGAUGAAUGCCAUUGUGUUAAUAGUGUUUCCUUUAAGUUUAUUCCAGCUAAUUCUACUGCUUAA